CCCCCUCGAGGGCAGCGAGGCCGCCGGAGAGACCCGGCUCAGGCCAGCCCCCUCCUCCUCCUCCCUGCUCCCUCUUUUUCCGGUGCGCGCUGGGUUCGUCGCCGGCACGGCCGCGUGCGCGCAUGCUCCGUCGGCGGGAAGGGGGCCACUUGCGACGGCAGCAGCCGGAGGAGGAGGAGCAGCAGGAGGGCAAAGUCGAGGCGGGCAUGCAAAGUUAACCGCGGGAGCGGCAGGUAGCUCAGCAGCAGCCCCAGCGCAGCCCGCCUCUCCUUCGUUCGCUCGCCCUCGACGGCGCACCGCGCGCCGCCCCAGCCCUGCAGCGCCAUGGUGUUGGACAGCUUGGCUCGCAUCAUUAAAGUGCAGCUGCCCGCCUACCUGAAGCGCCUCCCGCUGCCCGAGAGCGUCGGCGGCUUCCUCAGGCUGACAGUUUCAGAAUGGCUGCGGUUAUUGCCUUUCCUGGGUGUCCUUGCUCUGCUUGGAUACCUUGCUAUUCGUCCAUUCCUCCCCAAGAAGAAGCAGCAGAAGGAUAGCUUGAUCAAUCUCAAGAUCCAGAAGGAGAACCCCAAAGUAGUGAACGAAAUCAACAUUGAGGACCUUUGUCUCACGAAGGCAGUGUAUUGCAGGUGCUGGCGCUCAAAAACGUUCCCUGUCUGUGAUGGCUCCCACAAGAAGCACAAUGAGUCGACAGGAGAUAAUGUGGGCCCAUUAAUACUCAAGAAGAAAGAAGUCUAGCAAGCCUCCCCAACUAAGCCACGACUGACGGGAAGUCCACUUGAUACCCACGUGGUAGUGCUUUCAGUCUAAUAGUUACUGUAGACUUGAGCUUUGAUAUCUCUUUAGGUUACCUUAGUUUUAUAGACUGUGAUAGACAUGUGAUGAUAUUUUUGAUGGUCUCAAAUGCCAUGUCCAACUUAACGAAGAAUGGUCCCUUUGUACAUGCGUUUUUACUCCCGUAACAAAAUGAUCGCUCCCAGAGUUUCAAUUUAACCAGUAAUAAAAUGUUAAGGUGAUUCGUAAAGAGCCAUAUAUGUACCCUUUCUCUGCUUAAAAUAAGCACAUCUACACUACAGAUUUAAAUGUGUCUGAAACUAGCUUAACUGUUGUGACUUCCACAAAAGAAUUCUGGGAACG